UCCUCCAGUGCUUGUUCCUAUGCCUAUAACAGGUAGAGGAGGAUGAAGCGUGGGAAAGGCGAGAAAAAGGCAACAAAGAGCCGCGAUGGCAGCGGUCAAGUAGUUCCGCUCACUGAACCAGUGGUUACAGCUACGGGUAUGGUUGGAACAAGAUCAUGGAUAGGAGGGCUCUUCACACGCUCCAAUAGACGUCAAGAAAAGUCAGUCGAAUACACUUUGUCUCCUCUUCAGGAGGAAAGACUUCAAAGGCUACAAGAUCGUAUGGUUGUACCGUUCGAUGAGACACGCCCGGAUCAUCAGGAAUCACUUAAAGCAUUGUGGAAUGUCGCGUUUCCGAAUGUUAAUCUCACGGGUUUAGUAACAGAACAAUGGAAAGAAAUGGGAUGGCAAGGUCCCAAUCCAUCUACCGAUUUCAGGGGUUGCGGAUUUAUUGCCCUAGAGAAUUUGUUAUUUUCUGCAAGAACUUAUCCGGUUUGUUUCCGGAGGCUAUUGUUAAAACAAAGAGGCGACCGGGCAAAGUGGGAGUACCCUUUUGCGGUGGCUGGAAUCAACAUUUCCUUCAUGUUGAUCCAAAUGCUUGAUUUACAAAAUAAUCCAAAGCCAAAAUGUCUUCCAGGAAUGAAUUUCCUCAAACUCUUAGAAGAAGACGAGAACGCAUUCGAUGUACUAUACUGUAUAGCUUUCGCAAUGAUGGAUGCUCAAUGGCUUGCAAUGCACGCUUCUUACAUGGAAUUCAAUGAAGUAUUACAGGCGACUCGGAAUCAGCUAGAGAGAGAGCUUUCUUUGGAUGAUAUUCAUCGGAUUCAAGAUCUUCCUGCAUACAAUCUCUUGUUCCAAUAGAAUUUUUCUUUUUGUUAUUUCUUAGUUUGAUUUCGAUUUUUAUGUUGUACAUUAAACUGAAUUUAUGAAC